GUCAGUCCUGACUUACGUUUCUACGUCAUCACGCAAAGAGAGCUUACGCCAAACAACGCACGUUUUGGUGUUGGUGAGUGACAAAGCUCCACCAGAUCGCUACUGAAGUUGCUCAAAGUGAAGUGUCUCAGUUCAGAAGGAGCUUUAGUCUUUGCACAGAAGAAGAAGCAAGGAUUAACAAAAUGCCGUCUACUGAGCCCAUCAUCAGAACGAGACAGACAGAGAAAGAAGUCAAUGGGAUUUCGACACAGGUCGUCUGUACAGAGUUCAGCAAUUACAUACUCGUAGUUCUCACUCAGUACGGCAAAAUGGGGACAUUGAUAUCUGUCACACCUGACUCCAGAUCUAAUGAUAUCAGCAAACCGACGUUCACCACCAAAAUACUGCUGGGCAAAGACGAGCCACUGACACAUGUUUGUGCCAAAAACCUGGCAACUUUUGUGUCGCAAGAAGCUGGCAACAGGCCCGUCUUACUGGGACUGGCACUCAAGGAUUCCUCCAUAGAUUCAAUAAGACACAUGAAAGAGAUCAUCAAAAGUUGUCAAGUCUGGUAGGAAAUCAACAUAAUGGACAUGAAGCCUGGAGGCUUGCUGAAAUACAGGCCUUCAGGAUGCCCCCAAUGUCACAUUUUCCUUUUUGUUCUUUUAUUUUUAAACUGAAAGGAUUUUGCCAUUUCCGAAAUGCCAGUCUGUGAUUUUAAAAAACCUUGAGACUUGUGCUGCAACAACAUAAAUGUAUAAAUCCAAUUUCAUUGACUCAGAUCCUUUUGAUUUUUUGAGCCAUUGAAGAAUGUUUUCUGUAAAAUAUAAUUUAGAGUUUAUUUGGUUGUUAACUUUCUGCAAGCCACUGUGCUCUAAAAAAACUGAAGAAUGUCCAUUGACUAAUUAAUAGUUUGCAAAAUGAUAACCAAUAGCUCCGGUUUCAUUCAUUCAUUACUGUAUGAAAUACGUGUUGACCUUACAGUUUUUGUUUGUUUUGAAUUUGUUUGUUUGUUUAUUUUUGUAUUUUAUAAAAUAAAACCGGUCACUUCUAAAGCGUCUGUUUUUCUGUCUUUGAAACAAAUGUAACUCAAGUAUCACAAAUAUUCUCAUCAAACUGGAAAAUCGGGCUAUGCAUUUCCUCUCUAAUCUGUUUGUUUAUCAAUUACUGCUGUGUCACACUGGUGAAAAUGCAGUUAGACAGUCAUUUAGAGUAAUUUUCAACACAUUUCAAAGCAAUGCAUUCUGUACUAGCAGUGUGUUACUGCAGCUCAUGACAUAAUGCACUGAGCAAUGAGCACUAUUAUUUCAGAUACAUCGGCUGUCAUGAAUAUUGCUUUAGCAUCCUCAGAAUUGAAUAAAUGUCAUAAAUAAAAUUAAUUUGUAAUA